CGUCGCCUGCGACAUCUGUUGACAGACGGGAAAACUAGUUUUACGGUUGCCUGUUCCGCCGUAAGGACGGUCAAUAGAAGUCCCAUUCCAUGCGUCACUUUAGUGCUUUCAACUGCCAUUGAACAGCUUUAAGCAUCGUCAUAACACUUAUCACAGGUGAUUCCCUGUGCUGGUCGCCAGUGACUGCUGCCCGUAGUUCCAAGAAAUCAUGAGUGGCACUACGAAGGAGAUCCAAGAUUUAAUUAUAAAAAAAUUAAUAGCAGAAGUAGCAAAACGGGAGGUACUGUGGAGAAAAGGACUUGGUGACGAUUCUGAAAAAACAAAAGCUUGGAAAGAAGUUGCAGCGGAAAUCAGGAAAGAUUUUGUAACCUGUAAGUGGUACGGGAAUCAGUGCAAGACAACAUGGAACAAGGUGGUAAAGGAUCUAGGCAGUUAUCAGUUACCUGAUAACCUUGGAGCUGCUUUGAAGAUGUACAAUGGUCAUGAACGUAAAUAUCGAGGACAGUCAAGCACAGGAAACUCUCGGCGUGAUAGCCAAGGUAAUUCUCCCAUAGCAAAAGGAAAGGUGAAGAAAUUGUUGUCUCAAUUGGAGCCUUUUCUCACUAAUAUGUCUGUUAGUGAAUUCAAUAAAUUUGAAUCGGAAUGUUUAAUACUUCUUGGUAAGGUAAAAUCCCCUGAAGCGGGAUCUUCCUCCAGUAAAUCUCUCCCGUGAAGUCUCUUCCAAAGAAAUGAUCUCCCAAGAUCCAUGUGGAUGUUACUUUGAUAGGAAGCACCAAUGAAGUGUGAUAACAACUAUGCAACGUACAUAUGUGUAAACUUUUUUCUCUUGUGAUUUAUGUAAACUUCUCAAAUUAUUAUUGAAUAAAAAUGGAUUUUCACUCGAAAAA